CUCAGUCAGCGUAUUGGAUGUUGUGUAACCUGUGCUGCACUCUGUCUGUCAAUGUGUGUGUAGGGGAUUUUAAUGUCCAGUUCCACGCUGUGUGUGACAAUGAGAUUGUGAAAGUAAAGGCGAGAGGACGCAUCUACACAGUCACACAGAGCCUGCUGGUGAAGGCUGAGGGAACAGAGAAGACCGACACCUACAACUGGUUGCUGUGUCCAACUGGAGAAGCUCCGACAGAGGAGGUGGAACUGCCACUCCCCAAGAAUGUGGUGGAUGGAUCUGAUCAAAUUUCUCUCUCAGUCCUUGGUAAAAUAAACCCUUGUAUUGUUUAGAGAGACAUAGUGAGUUUAGAGAGGCGUAGUGGUGAGAUAAGCAAUGAGGUCAAAGGAAUUGUACGUACAGCUCCGAGACAGGAUUGUGUCGAGGCAAAGAUCUGGGGAAGGGCACCAAAAAAUGUCUGCAUUAUUGAAGGUCC